AUGGGCGAGAAGCCAGCUCAGCAGUAUGCUUGGUGCUCGUGCGGAGAGUGGACCUACAACUGGCGGAUUGAGGAGCUCGGUGGCAAAUGCCUGUUCUGCAAGAAGCAGCUUGAACCCUUCAAGCCCAAGAAGAAGCACCCGAAGUCCGAUGGCGGUGGCACGCCGCCAUGGAGAGAGCCGUCGGCAAUAUCGCUGCGAGACUUUCUUCCUGAAGAGCUUCGGGCCACGCCUGCCGCGCAAGCGUUGCAGGCUGAAAUCGGCAAGGCAGAGCAGGAGAAGCAGCAAAAGGCCACCAAGGACCCGUCCGCGGCGAAGCAGGCGAUGCUCAGGGCGGAUCGCAUCGCCGAGCAGGAAGAGCAGCGCCUCCUCAAGAGCAGGCGUCCUGAACCCAAGGAUUCAGCUGCAGUGUUCUUUGAGGUGGACUCCGCCCUCUUCGAGAACAUUGACGAGUACGGGGACUCUGUGCAGGAGUCACUACGCCAGUGGCAGGCAGAAGUCGCCCGCCACCAGCAGGAGCUUCAAGAGGGCCAGGAACGCUUCGAGGAGCUUCUCAAGAGUAUCAAGGCGGCCGUGGAGGAGCCCGCCAACAAGAAGAGACGUACCCCCGAGGGCGCAGUGCAUGGUGCGGCGCCUGCGGCGCGUGUUGACACGCCAGCCAAGCAGGCCCCGCCUGCGGCGCCAGCCCCGCCCAUCGUGCCGCCUCCAGUCAAGGCGCCGCCUGCCAAGGUGCCAGCGUGCCCGCCAGCCAAAGGCGGAGGCACAGCGGCGCCUGCGGCACCGUCGGCGGCUGAGCGCACGGCCAACCUCCUCACGGAGGAGCAGGCCACCGCUGCUCGUGAGGCCAUCUCCCAGAAGGCUAAGGAGGCAGCAGCCGCGGCGAAGCAGACGGGGAAGCCCGCCACUCUCACCGCCGCCAAGGAGGGCCUCAGGCAGGUGACGUUGUUCUUCGGCAACGUCACCCAGUGGGGGCCCAAAGCCUCCAGGUACAUUCACAAGAUUCGCAAUCACUACAAGGUGGUCGCCCUAGCGGGGACCCACGUCGAGAAGGCGCGCAUCCCCCUGGAGCGCGAGACACUACGUAAGGAUGGAUGGAAGUUGGCCGCCACACCAGCAGUGAAGAAGCAUGAAGGCUACUCCGCUGGCGAAUGGAUAUUGGCUCGGAAUUUCGUCGCCACCACGACGAUGGACAAGCUGCGCAUGGACAUGAUGGCCAUGGGCCACAAAGACCCUUUCAGAGGUUUCGUCACCAUUAUAUGGCACCUGCAAUCUGGCAGCUUGGUGGUAGUUUCAACGUACCUUUCUCCAGGCAUGGGAGUCCAGCGCAGAAAUGCAGAUACCCUCAAGGCCUUGUCGGCCUUUCUUUUCAAGAUCAGAGACCCGUGGAUCGUCCUCGGAGAUUGGAAUAUGUCGCCAGCCGCGUUCACCAACACUAAGUGGCCCAGCAAGAUGCAGGGACACAUCGUCACGGCUGGCAACGUCGACUUCACUUGCGACCAGGGCACCAAUGGCGGCAUGCAUGACUAUGCGUUAGUCAAGGAUGGAUACCAGGACUUUGUCAAUAUUCAGGCGGUACUGACAGUUCCUUGGAGGCCACAUUCUGGACUGGAGAUAACGAUGGCGGGUUCCAGCAGCAAGUGGUGGCACCGCAGCAUGGAGUUGGUCCCCGCGUUGCCCGCAUACUUCAAGCCAAAGCUGCAGGCCCAGGCUGACAGCAAGCGUAGCAAGCAGAAGAGAAAGCAGACUCAACGGCGAGCUGAAGCACUCCCAGAACAGCUGCAGGAUGCGUUUAAUGAGAUGAUUCACGAGCAGGACGGCCAAGAACCAACCCAACCACAGUUCCACAUCCCUGAGGACAAUUGGACUGUUGGACUUGCUCAGGCGGACGCUCUACUCACGGAUGGACUUGAUUUUGCCCCCCACCCCAUCCCAGUCACUCAGGCGCUGGCUCGAGACGAGGAGGGACAGCACCAGAUAGAUUGGCAUUAUGCGAGAUGGGCCACGGCCUUAGAGGAAACUAUCCUCUCUGUUGAGCCAGCGCCCCAGCGACAUUGCACGGGCAGACGCAACGGCUUCCAACUCCAAUGGGAAGUAUCUAAGUCAACCCCAGGGCGAGUUCAUGUGGAAGAUAAGCCUGCUGAGUUAUGGGGCGUGAUGUCGACCUUGGUUUCACGACUUCGCAAGCUGGUCGCCAAAGGUCUGGACCCAGUGCAGCAGGAGGACAUCAUCAGGAGGUUGAAAGAGAUUGGCGCAGGCAUUCUCAAGGGCACGCCACUGCAGUACUUCGGCAAGAACAGUGAUACUGAUCGCGAAGAAUGGGCAGAGAUGUACUGCAGGCUUUGCAACGUGGACCAGUCGCAGAUCCAGGCUGAGUACUUCGCAGUGAUGGCCAUGAAGAAGGCCAGUGACGCCCCGCCGCCAGACCGCUCCGACCUCGACCCUGGCAUCCUGAAGCUCAUCAGCCGCACUCCACCCUUCCAGUGCUGGCCAGCAGUGAAGAUUGUCAAGGUGGGCGUCGUCCUGGCGAGCCUCUGGGCACACCUUGGGCGUCCACUCAUGAUGAUGAAGACCUGCCUGGCCAGCGUGAGGGAGAGGUGCGUGAAGGCGAAUGCCGUAGGGAGCGAGCCCGACCUGCGGCACAAGUACAUCGACGGCAGCAGCGGGAUGACACGCAGGUGUGCCCUGGACGAGGCGAAUGCCGUAGGGAGCGAGCCCGACCUGCGGCACAAGGACAUCGACGACAGCAGCGGGAUGGUCUGUCGCACUAAUAUGGACGAUGAAGAUGACGUGUUCGCUCAGCCUGAACACGAGGAGGAAAUCGGCCCCCCUCCCGACCUGGAACCAGCAGAAGUUCCAUUUGAAGUUGGCCCUGCACAACUGGCACAGGCAACCCUGUCCCUCGACUUCUUGGACAAGGUUAAUGACCGCACGGAGUCCCUCGAGAGACGAGCGCAAGCACGGGCCUUUGCCAAGGGCCAACAUAGCUUCAUGAAGUGGAUACGAGAGACGUGGGCCAAGAAGCCUGGGAUCUUGCACCGUCAUGUCAAGGGCCCCCAGGCUGAUACCACGGAAGUUGAAGGCAUGGCCGACCCCGCUCUCAUCAUGAACAGCCGCCACAAGUACUGGCAGAAGGUCUGGACGGACAAAGUUGACACCAUGGAGGACAUCGUCUACGAGAUCGGUCAGACCCUGCGGGUGGCGAAGAAGCAGCCAACCAACGUCUGGCAGCAGCUCGUCGGCGUCAUGGUAGAGUCCUUCGCCUUCGUCGUCUCGGACCCAAAGUUCGCAGAGUCUGCAGUUCACUCUGGAGCACGGGAGUUUUACCACAGGCGUGAGCUGGACAAGUACGAACGCAAGCAGGACAUGGAGAACUGGGGCCUCACCUUGACAGUGGUGUCUGGAGGCCAGUGGACUCGUGAACGACAACGUGCACAGGGCUACGCCACGGAGCCGCUCUGCAGGCGUUGCGGGCGGGAGCCUGAGACUCUCCUGCACCGAGCUCGGUGGACCAGAGCCUUUCGCUCGCUGGAGGGCAUCACCAAAGAGUCUCUGAAUAAGAUCGCGCUGGCGGCCAGCAAGGCGGCCAAGCAGGCCCAACGAGCUGUUGCCAGGCAAAGGCUGCAUGGUUUUCAGGAUUGGGUCUGCCAGCACGCGGUCAACGGCAUGGGGGUUCUGCGCCGUCAUGUGAAGGACCCUAUGGCACAGGUCAGUGAGAUUCGCUACGCCGAGGGCACCACUUUCGACGGGGCCUCGCUCAUGGAGGCCAAGCGUGCGACCUGGGACACGUUGUGGACACCGACGGACUUCUGUGGCAGUGCAGUCGUGGCAGUUCUGCACCAAGCUAGGGAGCUCGCUCGACAUGAAGAGCUCCAGCUUCUCACCCUGGUCCUCUGCUGCGCGUUGCGGCUGGCAUUGGCCGCCGGCCCUGCGGAGAGCGCUGGCCGCCAGGCUCGAGGCGGCGACCAGGUGACGCACACGGCCGCCCAAGCGAUGCCGGUGCUGGAGCGGCAGGUCAGCGCGCUGGAGGCCCGCGUGCGGCACCUGCGGCGGCAGCGGCGGCAGCGGCCGCCGCCGCGCCCCCUCGGCGAGGGCGCCGUCGUUGGCAGCGACGCCCGCGGCGGCGGAGAGUGGUUGCAGGAGGGCGACACGCAGGCCGCGCUGGCAGCCGCGGAAGCGGAUGCGGGGGACCCUGCCGUGCUGGCGGUCGCGGAGGCCCUCAGCGAGGAGAACAAGCUACUCCGGAGAGAGAACAUGUUGUACCGGCGACAGGAGUCGGAACGCAUGAGCCUUCUGGAGACCGAGACCGAGUGGAACCCGAAUUACUCCAAGCUCGACGGCAUAUCCUUCCUUCUGCUGUGCGCUGCUAUGGCGGCACCUUGUUGUUAUUGCGCCUGCCUGGUGAUCAAGCACGAGGGCGUAUACAGUUUAGGGAAUGUGUGCUGCUGGUGCUGUGACUCCAUGUGCAACCGGAGCGCUUCCUUCUGGUGGCUGCUCGCCCAGUACCUGUUCAUAGCAGCGCUCGCUGGCAGGGUCUUGUUUCGCAUGGGCGCGGCAGAUAAUCUCAGAAGCUACGUUGGGUACGGGUUUAUCGCAUACAUUGUCGUAGGCACCGAAGCUGGCCUACUGCUGAAACAGUCUCAUCGCGCACGCGCCUUUGCGAAGCAAUGUCGGAGGCCCUGCCACGAGGCCCGCUCUGCCCGCUGCCUGCGGCGGCGCCGCGCGUGCAGUGCCGCCAGCAGAGGAUGCCCGCACGGCCGUUCCUCGUCCGGCUCCCCCAGACAGGGCCGCUCUCAAGCUUGUCCAGGGAGCUCGCAAGCUGGCUACUACGCGGGGUAUCGUUUACAUUUGCGUGUACGAGAUGCACGUCACACUUCGAAGGGCCAUUCAUGAUACGGAGAAGAUGGUCACGAACACCCUUGCCCCUUGGAGGCAAUGGGACGACGCAGGGCACGAGUCUCCGACGAAGCUAGGGAUCCCGACCAACCUCGGGUUCCGGAUUCCGGGCGUCCAGCAGAGCGGCUGGCCAGCGUCCGCUCCCCGCGGGUGAGUGGCCCCGCGCCCCGCGCGCGCUUUGGGGGGCUCCCGGCCGCGCGCGACACUCGAGGGCUGAAGGGAGCGGCGCGGCUCGCAGUCGCCCUGCGCCCUGGUCGCCUCCGCCGUCGCCGUCGCCCGUCUCCUAGAUGAAUCUUGGGUUUGCAUUGGUCCUCCUCCUCCUCCUCCUUUUCCUCCUCCUUUCUUCCUCCUCGUCGUUCUCCUCGUCGUUCUCCUCUUCCUCCUCCCUCUCCUCCUCCUCCUCCUCCUCCU